AUGGAGCGUAUCUCAAUUGACCCGAAGGGGAAUAAUCCCCCAACCCGAGACCUUCCACCAUCGACUUCUACCCCGGCUCACCUUCCACCAGCCAAGGCGAUGAAGCUUCAUCCAUCCAAAUCAGGCGAUGAGAAUGCAGCCGUAUUCUUUGUUGGGACGGCCACAACAAUCAUAGAAUGGGCUGGAAUACGGAUCAUGACGGAUCCCAAUUUCCUCCAUGCAGGCGACCAUGUCCACCUCGGUCCAGGAGUGUCAAGUAAGCGCCUCACCGACCCAGCUAUCGACCUGCACGACCUCCCUCAGAUUGAUCUUGUCCUUCUCUCCCACUAUCACGAGUAUGUCCCGGAGCGUAGAGGUGUUGAGCAGAUCAUUAAUAUUGCCAGGGACCACUUUGAUAAAAAGGUUGAGGCUUCAUUGAGGCGCGAUCUACCCAUUAUCACUACACCACAUGCGGCGCAGCAUCUCACUUCCCAGAAAAAGGACCCGUUUACAUCUGUGUCCGCUCUCAAUCCAUUUGAACAGUUCGAGGUGAAUAUUGAAGGCACAGAACAGCCAGAACAGCCCCGACUGCGUGUGACGGGGAUGCCGGGGAAACAUGUGCCUCCUAAUCCAGUGGUGGAGACGCUCAACGAGCUAGCCAGUGCGGUCCCGCCAACCAACGGCUGGAUGCUCGAGUUAGGACAUGGCAGACCCAAUACUGCAGACUUCUCCUGCGGUUAUCGCAUCUACAUCUCGGGGGACACACUACUAGUAGACGAGCUGCAGGAAAUUCCCAGGCGAUACGCAGGCCAACGGAUCGACCUGAUGCUCGCCCACCUCGGCGGCACAACCAUCCCUUCUCCAUUAGUAGGAAGACUAAUGGAACCGCUAGCGUUGAUGGUCACCAUGGAUGCGGAGCAGGGUCUGAAAUUGAUCCAGCUGAUUCGACCAGACGUUACAAUUCCGAUCCAUUAUGAUGACUACGACGUGUUCGCAAGUCCGCUAGAAGAUUUCAAGCGUAUGGUCGAGGCGGCGGGGUUAUUGGACAAGGUUGUAUUUUUGGAUCGGAAGGAGCAGUAUCGCUUUCGAGUUUUGAAGUAG